CUUUCACUAGGGUCGUGUGCAGAGGACUUUAGUGGGACCAGCAGUGGCAUCGUCUGUAAAGCAACGGCAUUUUGGUUCCUUACCCCGGUAAACCUUCAGGGGUUUUUCUUUGCAUUCAUUUGUUCAGUCUUCUGCAAGUCUCUGGAAAAAAUCUAAUUCGUUUUAUAACCAACCCCAGAUGCGGCAGUGUGUGAGAGAGUGUGUGUGUGCGUGUGUGUUCGCCAGUGCUUGAGAGAAAGGGUUCUUCCUGCAAGGGGAAAAGGAGAACGAAGAAACAAACGGUUUGGAUUUUUUCAAUUCCAUUUUUUGGGGGGUGAUUUUUUAGGAAUGAACGCAGAUACGUGCGUUUCAUACUGUGAUAUGACAUCGAUGGAUUCAUAUUAUAACACGCCUUCGCCACACGGUAGGGAUCAACAACCAUCGGAUCCCUUCAGAAUAUUCCAACCGAGUGAAACCAAAUACAGCCCAACGUUCCUACCCAAAGGACAACAGGGUUACGAGGAGAAGUCUCGGAGUCCUUUCCAACAGGAGUGCCAGUCACUGGAUGACGGCACAGAGGAGGGCAACAACUUCAACAAAUACCACCUCUUCAUGCAACGACCGACCUGCAAAACACCCCCGGAAAAACUCCACCAGGAAAGCGGAGGACACAACGACGCGCUCAUCCCCUGCUAUGCCAAAGACAACGGCGGUCUAACCGAAUCUGAGCUGACCCCAAACACCGACUCUCCCGGGAUGGAAGGUUCCUACCUGAACCUGAAGGAACCGGGGUUAGGGGUCAGAGGUCAGGGCUCCGACCACCUCUCCAGUCUCGUGGACAAAGGGAGCGAGGCAGCAGACAGCAACAAGGGAAAGAAGAGACGGAAUCGCACCACGUUCACCUCCUACCAGCUGGAGGAACUAGAGAAGGUGUUCCAGAAGACACACUAUCCCGACGUCUACGUUAGAGAACAACUGGCGUUGAGGACCGAUCUGACAGAGGCUAGAGUACAGGUGUGGUUCCAGAACCGGCGUGCUAAGUGGAGGAAGAGGGAGAGGUUUGGUCAGAUGCAGCAGGUCAGGACUCACUUCUCUACUGCCUACGAGCUACCCCUCCUCACCAGGCCAGAGAACUACACACAGAACCCAUCGUGGCUAGGUGUUGGCAGCGGUGUCUCUCCUGUACCUGGCUGUGUGGUGCCCUGUGACGGGUCAGUCACCUCCUGCAUGCCUCCCCACCCUCAUGGAGGGGUCUCCGACUACCUAGGUGUGCCCAGCCCGGGCGCAAUGGGGCAUGAGGGUCACAUGGGACAGACACACAUAGGAAGUCUCUUUGGGGCUGGAGGAAUGGGCGGAGGAAUGGGCGGAGGAAUGGGCGGAGGAAUGGGCGGAGCGGGUGGCGGUCUCAGCGGAUAUGACCUGACCAGUGUCGACCCAGACAGAAAGUCUUCUAGUAUCGCGGCGCUGCGUAUGAAAGCUAAGGAACACAGCGCUGCCAUCUCCUGGAACACAUGAUGCUAUGGGAUUGUUCCUGGGUCUGGCCCCACCCUGGUCAGACACGCCCUAACCCUGCCUCCUCAUCCAUACUCUCCUGAACCUGGACAAGGCCAUGCCCAGUACUGGGAAGGAGGAAGAGGAGGAGCAGGACGAGGAGGAAGGUCAGGAUGGGACUACGACUACGCCACCUGAUAGCACUAAUAAUACCAAAGCAGGUGAAAUGAAUGAACUACAACCCGAGACGAUAGGAGAGACCAUCACAGGAAACGAUUCAGCAGCUAUAGAAUGAUAUCAACGAUGACGUCACCAUGACAAUCAGCAGGAGACGCUGAGAAAAGAAGACGCUAGACAGAGGGAGUGGUGCUACUUGAUCUCUCAGACCUCUGAAGGGGGAACGUGCCAUUUUCCCUGUCCCUCUUUAUUCCCUAUGCCCAUCAACCCUGUGCCUCUUUAUUCCCUAUGCCCAUCAACCCUGUGCCUCUUUAUUCCCUAUGCCGAUCAACCCCUUUGUCUCUUUAUUCUCUAUGCCCACCACCCUGUGUCUCUUUAUUCCCUAUGCCCACCACCCUGUGCCUCUUUAUUCCCUAUGCCCACCACCCUGUGCCUCUUUAUUC